GAGACAGAGCUAGCGCUGCUGGUAGGGAGGCUGCGUUUUAAUUGUGCUCUCAUUCACUCACACCGAGAGGGUGCUACUGGGUACGUGUGUGUGCGCCUGUGUACAAGCCGUGGAUAUCGCCUCUCUGGAGGUGCAGCGGAGCAUUAGGGAAAAGGAACAGAGCGGGGGAGAGGCAGACAGACAAGAACGGACUUUGAGAACGGGGAGAAAGAGAGGAGGAAAUCUCUGCACUUUGGGGGUCUGUCUUUGGACUAUUUCCUGGUCUUACAGAAAGAGGCAGUGCUGAGUUAGGAGAAAAGCAGAAAUAGACCUUUACAGGGAAAUAUAGGGAGUGUGUCUGGGUGUAUGUGUGUGUGCGGUGGAGAGGGAAGAGAGAGGGAAGAGAGCGCAGCAUUAGGCUUUUUUCCAGAAGGGCCGCCCCCCCCCUUUCAUUGUAUGCUAUUUAUAGCCCUGCUGCAGAUUUUUUUUCUCCCUUAAAAACAUCCCUCUUCGUGGAUCUUCCUUGCAUCUCUUUUUUUUUUCGUUGGGGGGGUUGGGUGGGGGGUGGGUGAGGGAAAAACCUGCUUUGGAUCGGGAAGCAUCGAGAGACCAUCUUAGCAGCAGGGAAGAGAGAAGCCGUCGCAGGGAAUCUAUAAAUACAUAUAAAUCACUAUUGCUUUUUAUAUAAAUACUUAACUGUAUCUGACUGACAUCCAACCCGGCGGGCAGACAUGGGGUGUUUGGGCAACAGCAAGACGGAAGAUCAGCGCCUCGACGAAAAAGAGCGACGAGAGGCCAACAAAAAAAUAGAGAAGCAGUUGCAGAAAGAGAGACUUGCUUAUAAAGCGACUCACCGUUUGCUUUUACUGGGGGCUGGUGAGUCAGGAAAAAGCACUAUUGUCAAACAAAUGAGGAUCCUGCACGUCAAUGGAUUUAAUCCAGAAGAAAAGAAACAGAAAAUCCUGGACAUCCGGAAAAAUGUUAAAGAUGCGAUUGUGACGAUAGUUUCAGCAAUGAGCACUUUAAUACCCCCAGUUCCUUUGGCCAACCCAGACAACCAAUUUCGAUCAGACUAUAUCAAGAGCAUAGCCCCUCUUUCUGACUUUGACUAUUCACAGGAAUUCUUUGAUCAUGUAAAAAAGCUUUGGGAUGACGAAGGAGUAAAGGCAUGCUUCGAGAGGUCAAAUGAAUACCAACUGAUUGACUGUGCACAGUACUUUCUAGAAAGAAUUGACAGCGUCAGUUUGAUUGACUACACACCCACAGACCAGGAUCUACUCAGAUGCAGAGUUUUGACAUCAGGAAUUUUUGAAACACGAUUUCAAGUAGAUAAAGUAAAUUUUCAUAUGUUUGAUGUAGGUGGUCAGAGAGAUGAAAGAAGAAAAUGGAUCCAGUGCUUUAAUGAUGUCACUGCUAUAAUCUAUGUCGCAGCCUGCAGUAGCUACAACAUGGUGAUCAGGGAAGACAAUAACACGAACAGGCUGCGAGAGUCCCUGGAUCUUUUCAAAAGUAUCUGGAAUAAUAGGUGGUUGCGGACCAUUUCUAUCAUCUUGUUCUUGAACAAACAGGAUAUGCUGGCAGAAAAAGUCUUGGCAGGGAAAUCCAAAAUUGAAGAUUAUUUCCCUGAGUAUGCGAACUACACUGUUCCUGAAGAUGCAACACCUGAUGCAGGUGAAGACCCCAAAGUUACGAGGGCCAAGUUCUUUAUCCGGGAUGAAUUUUUAAGGAUAAGCACAGCGACCGGUGAUGGCAAGCAUUACUGCUACCCCCACUUUACAUGUGCAGUGGACACUGAGAACAUCCGCAGAGUGUUCAAUGACUGUCGAGACAUCAUUCAGAGGAUGCACCUUAAACAGUAUGAACUCUUGUGAUGAGGGUCACCGUGGAGCCUGUGGUUUUCAAUUAUCUGCUCCUUUCUCUUUCGCUCGCUCUCUCUCUCUCUCUCUCAUUUCUCUGUCCUACCCAACACAGGAUGGAAGAAUAUACGCUAGAGUACUUUGUUAGCCUCUGGGUCUGUUUACUUUGGUUAUUUAGCCCUACCCACCCGUACCCCAGUGUUCAUUUAGAGUGAAUUUUUCUUUUAUUCUUUCUGCUUCUUUGGGACUAGGUCCAGGUUUUCCUUCAGUAUGCCACUCCUUUGUCAUUCCAUUAAGCCUUUGGCUACCUCCGUUUUCCCCUAGGAUUUUUUUUUUAAUUUUCAAACAUAACCUGCUCAAUUUUUCCAGUAGGUUAUGUCAACAUAAACUGGUGACUCAUAUCAGGUGGCACUACAGUCAAACCUCUGCAUGUUAGGGGUCCUUUUUUUUUUUUAACAUGACACUGAAGAGUACUUGAUAGGUGAAAAGAAUAAUGCACUUUGUAUCAGGUUAUUAAAUACUGUUGAGAAAGCAUACACACAAUGUAGCAGCACUAUGAUAUUUAUUAUUCUAUCACAGUUUUUAGCAUUGAGUUGCAGGUUAACUAAUAAAGUGGCCUCCUCUUUUAAGCCGUUUAGCAGCACAGGUCAUAGAGUAGAGCCUGAGAGGCAUGGGGAAGAUGAGCAAUUCUUCUGGGGUUUCAUAGCAGAGUGUCCCUACACACCUCAGACUUUUGAAUUAAAAGCUACUUCUAGCCUACUGCAUCAAGGCAGAAAAUCUACUCCUUCCUACCCUAAACCAUUCUUUGUUUUGUCCACAAAUGAUCCUUUUAGCUUAGGUCAUUCUUGGACACCAGUCCUCCCUCUCUAUAUAUUUUUUUUUGGUUUUACUGCUGGUUUAUUAUAUUGUACAGACUGUAAAAUGUAAUAUUAUUUUGUACAACUUUAUUGAAGAAAAUACUUGUAGAAGAUCUUUGUGCCUUGAUUAUGGCUGUACCUGUAAACUGAGCUAAGAUGUAAGUAUGUUUUUGAUUGCGCUGUACAGCUUGAUGUCAGCCUUACCUGCAGCCAUGACUGGAGGUAGGAACUUUAUCUGUAGAAUUUAGGGGUUUUCUGGUUUGUAUUAAAAAAAAGUGGAAUACACUUUAGUAAAAAAAAAUUAUAUAAGUUAUGCAAAUUAACCACUUAUACCUUUAUGAAUAAGGUCUUACCCAGUGAGAAGCUGUUGCAGCAACAUGCCUUUCCUUUUGGGAGACUCAGCUUUGAAAUAUCGAAUUCAUUCGGGUCCAAAUUGCAACCAGGUGUUGUCUCUCAAUGGGAGGAACCAAGAAUUUGUCUUUCCUCUCUACACUAAGUCUCAUAAUUCUUUGGUUCUUGAUAAUUUCACAAUCACACAGGCAGAUUGUGAACAUGUAGAGCACCCUCGGAUAAAGCUCUUAAACCUUUGUAACAAUAGCAGAUUUUACUGUGCAAGUAAAUACAAGAACAAAAUAUUUAAAAAGGUGUAAACACAUGUCUGACCUAAGAAAAUUGCAAAAUGACAUUUUUAUUUCUCUUUUAAUAAAGAGACACAUUAGAAAAUUGUUUUAUUUUAAAUAUUGUAGGAUCAAAACGUGUGAAUAUUUCUCAAACUUGAAUAAUUUAUGCAAAUGACAUUCUCAAAACAAGUUAUGGUACAGUACAUUAUAUAAAAAGCAAGAAUUGUUGUAGCAAUAAGGCAUGUCCUUUUUAGUAACUAUAACACUGCUUUAUAUUUUAUACAUG